AUGUCUCAAAUCACCUGGAUUUUGAACCUCGAACCGGGACGCGUUUACGCCAUCACCCCUCGCUUUGGCCCCUUGACUAUUACCAAUGCGGCCACCUCAUUGAAAGUAGUGAACAAGCGUUCCAGGAGCGCUCUCGAGCUCGCUUAUCUCCCUGAUGGAUCCAGCGAGGAAGUCAAAAGCACCAUUGCAUCUUUCACUGUUGGAUUCAGCGACCAUGCCAAAAUGGAAAUUCCCCUGGAACGAGCAAAGAAAUACUCAUUGGAAAUUCUUGGCCCAAACCCAAUCGAUGUGAUGGGACUCGUUUCCGUUGAGAAAACUUUGAAAGGCCCCCCAGUGGAAGCGAAAAUCUUCCCGACAGGCACCAAGGUUUUGGGCAACGCGAAGCCCGGAAGGUCACUGCGUCCAGAAGGCAGUGCUUUGCUGUCUUCGACGACCACCGGAAAGCGCAAGAACCCUCCCGCUGCCGCCAAUGCCCCCAAGAACGCUGCGGCGGCGAGUGCGAAGAAGCCUCGGGCAGUUUCAUCUGUCCUCCAACCUGCACCUAAAGCCAAGGCGAAGACAGGCCGAAAGUAG